AUGGUCUCCCACCUCAUCACCACAACCCUCCAAGCCGCAUGCCUCUCGGCCGUCUCAAACCUGGCCGCCCAAGGCAUAAAAUCCUACCGAGAAUCACUCCCGUUCACAAUCAAACUCGCUCCCCUGGCUCAAUUCGUCAUCUUCACCUUGAUAUCCUGCCCGCCCAACAUUCUCUGGCAAGAAUACCUCGAAUACAAAUUCCCGGGCUACACCGUCUUACCCAUCUCUGCCUCCACUACCUCCUCCUCCCCGACCGGCCCGGAUAAGCAGCUGCACAUCCCCAACACGCUGCGCAAAUUCCUCUUUGACCAAACCCUGGGCGCUUUCGUAAACACGGUCGCCUUCGUCGCCGCCAUGGCGGCCUUCAAGGGGAAAUCAGCAAAGGCCGUACAGCGCGAGGUGGAGAGGGAUACAGUCCCGUUGAUGAUUAGCAGUUGGAAGCUCUGGCCCUUUGUGGCACUCCUCAAUUUCACCCUCGUGCCUGUCAAUAGGAGGGUGAUUGUGGCGAGCGUGGUGGGCUUGUUCUGGGGUAUCUAUUUGAGCUUAUUUGCUUCGUUGGAUUGA